AUGAUUUAUGAAGACGCCUCAGGUCAACAACAUUUGAGUGGCUACAUUGGCCGUCUGAUGAUCGCCUUUGCGGAAAAGUACAAUGUCACAUUCCAAUAUUUACAUCCGGUCACACCAGGUGACGGUCUACAUUUGAGCGUUCUAAGUGAUUAUGUCACGGAAGGUAUGUUGGACUUGGCAAUCACUUUCGUCUCAACAGCUUUUCAUGUGCAUAUCAACUAUUCUAUGAAGUCGUAUCCAGUGGAGUCAAUUGAAUGGUUUAUUGUAUUGCCAUGCCCGCAACCGCUUGAGUAUUCGAAAAUAUACUUGAUGGUCGUCACGACACAGGUCAUCACAAUUUUAGCGGUUUUGGGUUUCCUCUUCUCAAUUCUGGACAAUUUUAUAAAGCAUAAAUUCUACAAAAAGUCAAAUGACUUCAAUUUGGUCAAUGUAUUAGUUAAUGAAAAUAUUUUCCGCGGCGUUCUUGGUCUUUCCCUACUCAUACGGAACCGGCCAAUUCUUUCAAUGAAAAUAUUUUACACUUUUCUUUUUCUACUCGGCCUCUUCGUUAACAACCUGUAUUCAGCUUACUUCCAAUCGUUGCUCAUGAGCCCUCCACUAAAGCCGAGAAUUCUUACAUUCGAUGAUAUGCGACGGGCUAAUUUCAAAGUCAUGCUCAACCGCAAUGAAAUCGAAAUUGUCCAACAAGCUAUGGGACCUGCUUUCAAUAAAACAUUCAAGGAUAUAUUACAACUAGAGGAUACCAAAACAAUUAAGCGUCACCGUGGUGAGUAUGACACAACAUUUGGCUAUAGUAUGCCGGAAUCAAUUUGGUCUAUUUUCGAGUUACAACAACAAACAUUCGAAAAAAAGUGUUCUGUUUGGCUCCAACGUUAA